AUGCAGUACCAAAUCCUCCUCGCAGCUUCUCUUGCUGCCCUCGUCCAUGCUCAGACCAUCGUCACCUCCAGUGCCGCCUCGGUCGCGGCCUCGACGACCGUGUCGCAGGUCAUGCCUCCCGCCGCCACCCAAGCGUUCAACCCCGCCGGCAUUGACCCUACCACUGCCUUCAACUGGUGCCACGCUCAGCUGAACACCUGCCCUCAAAUCUGUGGUGGAGCUGCUUCCCAGAACCAAUGCGACCAGAACGCCUUCACCUACACCUGCAUAUGCGCCAAUGGCACUGUUCCCGACUGCACCGCCUUCACCCAGACCCUUCCGUUCUUCAUCUGUCAAGAAACAUAUUCACAGUGCAUCGACGCCCACCCUGAUGAUGCUCAAGGACAGCAAACAUGCACUGAGAACAUGCAAUGUGGUACCCGCAACGCCACUGCCGAGGCCAUCGCCCAGACCUCUGCUGCAGAAGCGUCUUCGGCCUCUUCUACCUCGACCUCUGCUGCUUCUUCAACCGCUGCCUCCACUGGGGGCUCGGCUUCGGGCUCCGCCUCCGCCUCCGCGUCUGAAACCGGUGCCGGUGCCACGCCCUCUAACGCUGCCGUCCCCAUCUCUCAGCAAGCUGCCACUGGCGCCUUCGCUGCUGUUCUGAUGGCUGCCUUCAAGCUCUUGGUCUAA